AAUAAUAUAUUUUCGUAAAGGUAAACGCAAGUUGCAUUGUACAGAGUCCGAGUCCGGGCGGUAAUGUUUUCGUAAAAAUUCACCAAACUCCAACAACCAGCGGUUGCGAUUCCAAAAUCAAUCUAUCGGAAACACACACACGAAGUUUCAGCUGCUCCGAUCAGAUCUAACUAGCCGAUUCCUCUCUCUCUUUGUGCAAGGUCAAGUGUCAACUAGUAGCUGAUAAUUGCUUUGCAUAUUCCCUAACAUCUGAAGUUCCUACCUUCCUUCAAUUCAGUUAGCCCUCUGGGCUAUGCAGAGGACAUUUUGAACAUAUAUAAAUGAGUAUUGGAUCAAAGAGGAUAGAUCUCUUCGAAUUCUGAGGCAGGGAAGCUGUCCAUCACAGGUCCCUGUUGAGUAAAUAAAGGCUGUGAUUACUAGAUCGCAUGCUCUGUCAGAGUGAUCUGUGAAUGGUAGCCAGAAAGGAUAGCUGGUGAGUUCAGAUUAUUGAUGGAGCAAAGAGUGCAGCUCCGUGGUGGUACAAUGGAAGCUAUAUCCAAUCAGGGAGAUGUAGACAGAGAACAGGUUUUAGAGCCCUUUGAUAUUGAAAAUGAGACCGGGAAGGAGAUAAACGGCUCCAGAAGUUUUGAUGUUGAAUACAGUUCCACUGAUAACCUCGAAACAUUGCCAAAAGUGUCAAAAGAAGAUAUCUCUCCUGCUGAUGUGCUUAAAACACUCUUCUUUAUACUUGUAUGGUACACGUUCAGCACAUUUUUGACUCUGUAUAACAAAACUCUCUUAGGAGAUGAUUUAGGGAAAUUUCCAGCUCCCUUGUUAAUGAAUACCAUUCACUUCUCUAUCCAAGCUGUUUUAUCAAAGAUGAUAACAUGGUAUUGGUCAGGGAGAUUUCAACCUGAUGUUACCAUAUCAUGGAGAGACUAUUUCGUUAGAGUUGUACCAACAGCACUUGGAACUGCUAUGGAUAUAAACCUAAGUAAUGAGUCACUUGUCUUCAUAUCGGUUACGUUUGCAACUAUGUGCAAAUCUGCAGCCCCAAUAUUCCUUCUUCUGUUUGCUUUUGCCUUCAGGCUGGAGUCUCCAAGCCUGAAACUUUUUGGCAUUAUUUCAGUGAUCUCAGCAGGAGUGUUGUUAACAGUUGCAAAGGAGACAGAAUUUGAGUUUUGGGGUUUCGUUUUUGUCAUGCUUGCUGCUGUCAUGUCUGGUUUCCGCUGGUGUAUGACGCAAGUUCUUUUGCAGAAAGAAACCUUUGGCCUGAAAAAUCCAUUCAUAUUCAUGAGCUGCGUUGCACCAGUGAUGGCUAUAGUGACUGGUCUUCUCUCUCUCCUUCUGGAUCCUUGGAGUGAAUUUAGAGACAAUAAAUACUUUGAUAGUGGACCACAUUUUGCUCGAACUUGUUUUUUGAUGCUUUUUGGCGGAGCUCUGGCUUUUUGUAUGGUUUUGACAGAGUAUGUUCUUGUUUCUGUGACCAGUGCUGUAACUGUCACAAUUGCGGGAGUUGUUAAAGAGGCUGUCACCAUAGUGGUUGCAGUGUUUUACUUCCAUGACGACUUUACAUGGCUAAAAGGUAUUGGUCUGAUGAUCAUCAUGGUUGGUGUCAGUUUGUUCAACUGGUACAAAUAUGACAAACUACAAAAGGGUCACAAAACAGAGGGUGACAAGCAGCUGGAAGCUCCAAGUCAAACGGGAAAAUAUGUCAUUCUUGAUGAGCUGGAUGACCAAGAAAACAGUCCCUAAACAAUUUUUGUUACACACAUGUUCUCUGGUAACCCUAUUAGGUGUUACAUCAUUAAAGUGGAAGCAUGUGGACCUUCCCUGAGAUCAUACUAGAAAUACUUGUAAGGCAAUUGAAUUGGAAAUUUGAUGUUUCCCUGUCCUGCCUAAAGAGAAACAGAAGAACAUAGCCAUAUCAAGAGCUUAAAUGAAUUUUGUCUUCAUUUUUUUUUA